AUGGCAUUUGUUCAACUAGCUCGUCUCUUCGAAACAUUAGGUUUAUUUCCUUUUCGUUGCUUUCCUCUCCGUCGUUCAUGGUCUCCUGGUUAUGUACAAAUUGAUAGUAAGAUUAUUUGUCAAAACAUUAUAUAUAUCAGAUGGUCCAAUAAUAUUGAUAAGCUGGAUUACUGGAAGCAAGUGGUUGAUCUAAAUGCAAAAACUUUUAAAGCUCAAGAAGAGAACAAGCUCCUUCGGUUUUGCGGUACCAUUCAGACAGACGGUGUUGGUGUAACAGUUCUUAAGAAAAGAAUAGACAGGCAGUCAUCUUAUACCACAACCAUAAAAGAGGCAGAUGAGAAGUUCAAGUAUAUCAGCGACUUAAGUGCUCAAGAACAUAAAGCUGUGAAUGAUCGGUGUGUUGCUAUUGAUCCCGAAAGAAGAGACCUUCUCUUUUGUGUCGAUAAAAAAUCUACUGUAGAAACUCCUAUUAAGUUUCGAUAUACUAAGCAGGACCAGGACAAAACCAGAAAAUCCAAAAAGUAUCGUAAUAUUCUACAAGCAAUGAAGUCGAACAAUCCUGCUGUUUACCAAGCCGAUAAUGUUCUUGCAGAAAACCAAAGCAGCUCACUGGAAAUGGAGGGUUAUCGUCGUUUUCUCGAACGUCUAGGCCAGAAUUACGCUGUCCUCGACAAUUUCUAUGGGUAUACAACAACGUCUUCUCAAAACCCACAAUUCAUGCUCCGGAAGUUGCGUUUAGCUACGUAUUUUAACAAACAACGUGCUGAUAUGCAACUUAUAAAAUCUUUAAAGCAAAAGUUCGGUAAGGAUGCGAUCUUUGUCUUGAGAAACUGGUCUGCCCCAAACGCACGUUAUCAUGAACCAAUUCGAGGCAUCGGAUUGAGACGACUUCUUUUACGAAAUCAUCUUAGUCUAUUACUCAUCGACGAAUUCAACACGAGCCGAUGCUGUCCGUCUUGUCAUAAUUUGAGCCUAAAGAAAUUUAAACAAAUCGACAAUCCUAGGCCCUACCAACGAAGCAACUAUCCUUUAACCCUUUGCCAUGGUCUUUUAAGAUGCACCAAUCAAACUUAUUUAGCCGCCUGUUUGAACAUGAUUUCAAUCAUUCUAAAUUUAAGAAACACUGGUCAAAUCCCAGAACGAUUUGCACGUCAUGUCCACUCAAAAAAACGUCCUCGAAUGGGUGAAUAG